GACACAAGCCUCUUAUGACUACAGUACAGGGAUGAUGCUUUGAGGACCAGACUGAGAAGUGCUCUGAGGAUUCAGGGUUUCAGACUGCAGAGUGUAGACCGAGAGAGAGCUGCUGUGCUGUACAUACCUGAGAUACUGCAGUUAAUCGCUGCACCUUUAUAACACAUUCAGCAUGGAUCUGGAUGAACUGUGUACUUACACAGAUGGCAUGGACAACAGCUCCCUAAAGUACCCAAAGACUGAGCAGACUGAGAAAAUGUGGAUGCGACUCAAGGGAAUGCAGAAGUACAAAAACACGUCUCAAAGAUUGAGAUGCCUGGUGAAGCAACUAGACAAGGGAGAAGUGAACGUGGUGGACCUGAGGAAGAAUAUAGAGUAUGCAGCCUCUGUUCUAGAGGCAGUCUAUAUUGAUGAAACCAGGCGUCUUCUGGACACUGAGGAUGAGCUCAGUGACAUUCAGACGGACUCUGUUCCAAUGGAGGUGCGGGAUUGGCUGGCCUCGACCUUCACCAGGAAGAUGGGCGUGGUCAGGAGACGACCCGAGGAGAAACCACGGUUCAAGAGCAUCGUGCAUGCCGUGCAGGCUGGCAUCUUUGUCGAGAGGAUGUACAGGCGGACAUCUAACAUGGCUGGAUUGACGUACCCUCCAGCUGCCAUCGCUGCUUUGAAGGAUGUAGAUAACUGGUCCUUUGAUGUGUUUGUGCUCCACGAGGCCAGCAGUGAACACGCAUUAAAGUUCCUGGUCUACGAACUGCUCACCCGAUAUGACCUGAUCAACCGCUUCAGGAUACCAGUGUCAUCUCUGGUGUCCUUUGUAGAGGCUCUAGAGUUGGGCUACAGCAAACACAGAAACCCCUACCAUAACCUGAUCCACGCUGCCGACGUCACACAGACAGCACACUAUCUGAUGCUCCACACUGGCAUCAUGCACUGGCUCACUGAACUGGACAUCCUAGCCAUGGUGUUUGCUGCAGCUAUCCAUGACUUUGAACACACUGGGACAACCAACAACUUUCACAUUCAGACCAGGUCAGAGGUGGCCAUCCUGUACAACGACCGGUCAGUCCUGGAGAACCACCAUGUCAGUGCUGCGUACAGACUUAUGCAAGAGGAUGAGAUGAACAUACUGGUCAACCUGUCAAAAGAUGACUGGCGAGAGCUGCGGACCCUGGUGAUUGAGAUGGUGAUGAGUACAGACAUGUCCUGCCAUUUCCAGCAGAUCAAAAGCAUGAGGAACGCCCUGCAGCAGCCUGAGGGAGUAGACAAGGCUAAAGCCCUAUCUCUGAUGCUGCAUGCAGCUGACAUCAGUCACCCAGCCAAGGCCUGGAAGCUGCACUACCGAUGGACACAGGCCCUGAUGGAGGAGUUCUUCAGACAGGGCGAUAAAGAGGUUGAGUUAGGGCUGCCAUUCUCUCCUCUGUGUGAUCGUAAAGCUACCAUGAUCGCACAGUCACAAAUAGGGUUCAUUGACUUCAUAGUGGAACCCACAUUCUCUGUGUUGGUGGACACGACCGAGAAGAUCAUUACCCCUCUAAUAGAGGAUACCUUAAAGUCACAUGACACUGGCGUACGCAGGUCAAGUUUGACGGGUAGUGGGUCGGUGACGGUGGUGGAGUCAGUCCAGAAACAUAGUGGCCGAGGAUCCAGCCAGGGGGUUGACCAGGGGCUCACUACAGACUAUAGCCUGACUGGCAUCGACCUGAAACGGGUCAGACACACAUUGGCAGAGGUCAUCCAACACAACAAAGACCGAUGGAAGGAGCUCUCUGUACAAGAGUUGGCGAGUAAAGAGCGAGCUGAGUUGAACACUGACCCAGAGGAGAUGGAGGAGUCCCAGAUGAAAACCGAGGUUACAUUGACUCACACCAGCCCUGAGAGACACAGCCAGGAGCUCCAAUCAGAGCCCUUCAAUGAACUGAUGAACAACACAAACUUCAAUAACUCUUCCCAGGAGGACUCAGAGCUGGACCACCAUCCUCACAGUUCUCUGUCCCCGUGUGAGGAUAAAGAGACAACAUCACCUGGCUCCAUCUCUCCUGAACGCCUACCAUGGAACGGAGCAGGCCCUGGGGCAGUCCUUGAGUCAGGGGAGGAGUCUCUUCAGAGCCCUUGAUUCUGAUAAGCUACCCAACAAUGCUGCCACUUCCUGAUUUUUAUUCUACUUUACCUUUAUGUAACGAGGCAAGUCAGUUAAGAACAAAUUCUUAUUUACAAUGAUGGCCUAUCCCGGCCAAACCCUAACGACACUGGGCCAAUUGUGUGCCGCCCCUGAUUCACCAUAUUUGUUUGUUAGCUUUUUUUAUUGUAAAUUUGUUCUGAUUGAUUUUAUUUCCAGUCUGUUAUUGUAUUGUUAUUUAUUAAAGAUGGGGAUCUUCUUGCUCCUCUUUGCAUCGCAA